AUGUUUGCGUUAGACGGGCCGCCCGACGUCGCCGACGUGGAUAAAUUGCGCUUCGCAUGUGAUGCCGUCCGCGAAGGGGCGGGCGACGACGGCGGCGCGGGUCCGAGGACGUGGGUGGAAACCUCGGCAAGGGGGCAGCCAGGGCACGCCGAUGGUUCCGAACCGUAUAUAGGCGUUCGCCGCGGCGAUGACUUCGCCGACUCGUUCGAAGCCUCCUUUUCGCGAAGACCUUCCCACGCUGUUGCCAUUUGGCGCAGAGGCACCGCCGACAUACGCGAGCGGGAGGCCGCGACGCGAGAGCUCGUGUCGUCUCGGAACAUGAGCCUUCGGACCUGGGCCGACACGGUGUUACGACGCCACGGUGGCCGGUUCGCGACGCACCACAUCUUCGCCUUCCUCGUCUUUAAUAUAGGCGUGCGGUCGAGGAACCGCCGCGUCAGCAUGCUAAGCGUGACGAGGAAGAACUUCCGCAAGGUGGAGCGCAUCGUACGGUCGCUAACCGCGGACGGAUUGGCGGCGGCCAGGGCCGAGCUAGAGAGCACAGGCAAGACGACCGAUGAUGCGGUGAAGGAGCUGCUCAGGAGCCUUUCGCUGUAUGGCGUACGCGCGCGCGACCCCGAAGCGGCCGAGGAGUUCCUACGAAGCCUCGAUAAGGCGUUCAAACGUGUGCGGCUGUCCGUGUCCGACCCGAUGAGCUCGGCCGUCUUCUUCCACCGCGAGAUGACGCUGUUCUUCGAGCAUUACGUCAAUGCCGGGGGGGAGUCGGUCUUCGGCCGCGUCAGCCAGUAUUAUGGCGCCGUGGAAACGAACGAGCGAGGCUCCCUCCACGUGCACGGGCUGCUCUGGCUCGAGGGAAACGCCCACCUCAGCUCGAUGCUUGCCGACUCAGACGGCGGGGAACAAGCGGCAUACCGCGAGCGAAUCGUCCGCUACGUCGAUAGUGUCUUCAGCGAGGUAAGGAACGGACCUGACCAGGAAGGGUUCUGCGCCGUCGAGGCAGAGCGUUCGGUGACGUCCGAUAUCUCGUCCCUGCUGAACAGGGCCGAUCAGUUCUCGGCCUCGUUCGAGGAGGAAGCCAACUUCUGCGCCGGCGCGACCCAGAUCCAUACCCACAGCCCGACAUGCGUCAAGCACCGUGGAGCGGGUCGAGGAGACGACCCUGUCAGCGGACGGCGUGCUGCGGAUCCGCAGAACACAUCCCAUGGUGAACCGGUGGAACAAGGCCAUCGCCGUCGGGCCCGUCACAACCACGACAUUUCCUUUAUAGCGACGCAGCGGAAGACCAUGGCGCUCGUCUACUACGUGACCAAUUACGCGACUAAGGUGGAGGACCCGACGUGGAAGCGCGUCGCCGCCGCCGCCGAACUGCUGCCCGUCGUGUCGGCCGGUAGUCAGCCGGGUGCCGGGGAUGACUUUCUCGCGAGAGUGGCGAAUCGGGUGUUCACGGAGCGGGCGCUGUCGCAAGUCGAGGUCGUCGCCCAUCUGCUGGGACACCCGAGCGAGUUCUCGGGAAGCAGCGCCUGGGCGUACCUGAACGUGUCGGUGCUAUACUGGCACGUCUCGAGGCUCUGGCGACACCUUCGGCAGCAGAGCGGCACCGCGGCGGUCGAAGACGUGUCCGUCGCGGACGAGUCGGUCGUCGUCGAACAAGCAGGCGAGAGGAUCAGUUUCGCCGAGGCCUAUCAUCAUCGCGGACAUGUCCUACGAGGCUUGUGCCUAUACGACUAUGUUUCGCUCGUCAGGCUCCAACGCGUCGGCAAGGCCGGCUGCUCCGGCGGCUGGGGAGAGUACGCCGUCGUCUGCCUCGACGGCUACCUAAGCAAGGAUUUCGAGCAGGACGACGAGGAAUCGGCUCAUCGCAGGGCUGCCGUCCAGCAUCUUGCGCUAUUUGUGCCGUGGAAGCCUUUCUCGGCGAAGAAGAAGGGGACAUCAAUGAGAUAUGGAGGCGGGCGCGAGAGCUGCUUCCGCCGAGAAUCUCGUGCCUCGUCGACAACGUUCAACUGCUCCGGCGAUCACGGCGGAUCGCGCGAGCUCGGCAUGAUACAGCAGCUGUGCCGCUUCCAGCAGUCAGCGCUGGCCUCGACCGCCGAGCUCGAGGCCUCCAUCGUCAGGAACGGGGCGGAGGCGCAUCGACUUGCCGGGGCGGGUCUUUUCCGGGGCCGCGGUGCCGCAGGACCAGGUCAAGGCCAUCAAGUCGCAGCAGACGAGCGCCUCGAGGGAGAGGUGAAGAUGAUACAGGGUAUACAAAGCAUGGCCACGGCCCACGGCACCGAUCGUGGCGCGGCGGAGCGGAGUGUGCUGACCGGCUUCGGCGAGGAAGGCGUGCAGAUAACGGCGGCGGAAGCCGAGGAGACGGCGGGUAACGCCGAGGCCGGCAUGGAAGUCCGCCUCGGCCCGUCGACCUCGUUCCUCGAGGCCGGAAAAGGCUUGACGAGACGCUUGACGCUAAACAGGAAACAGGCCAUCGCCUUGUCCAUAAUAUGCCGCCACCUUGACUUGAUGCGGCGAGGAGACGGAGGGGGCGACGUCAGCCAGCUCUGUCAGUUCGUCGGCGGCGAGGGCGGUACCGGCAAGUCGCGCGUCAUCGAAGCACUCGUCGGCCUCUUUGCCGCUAAGGGCAUCUCGAGCCGGCUGCUGAUCACGGCGACGUCGGGGACCGCGGCGGCCCGGGUCAACGGUAUCACCAUCCACUCCGCCUGCGGCUUCACCAAGGACCAAGGGCCGGGCGCGAACACGGCGAGGGAGGUCGACGGCGUACGGCUGCCGAGGCAGGCGGAGCGGUUCGUCGACGGCGAGUCCCGCAUGGACUGGCAGGACAAGGAGGUGCUCGUCAUCGACGAGGUAAGCAUGCUCGGCGCGCGCACGCUGCACGCCGUCAACGAGCGGCUCUGCCAGCUGCGGGGGUCGCAGCGGGACUUCGGCGGGAUCCCCAUCGUCCUCUUCUGCGGGGACUUCCACCAGUUCCGCCCGGUCCAGGAAAGGUCGAUCCUACUGCCGAGCUCGGCCGUCUCGUGGGACGAGGACUACUCGUUCAGGGCCGAGCAGCGCCACCAGCACGACAAGGCGCACGCGCUGUGGAAGCGGUUCACCACUGUCGUCAUGCUGGACGAGCAGAUGCGCGCCGCCGGCGACCCGGAGCUGCAGAGGCUGCUAAAGCGGAUCCGACUGGGCGUGCAGGAUCACACCGACCUAGACCUCCUUAACUCAAGAUGCUACCGGGAAGGCAGGCGAAUCCCGUGGGAGACAGGCAUCACCGUGGUCACGCCGCUAAAUAGGAACCGGUGGAAUCUCAACAUGGAGGCGAGCUUAGCAUUCCAGAUGCAACGACGUUUGACGAUACGCAUCUUCAUCUCCGAGCAUAAGUGGAAGGAGGGGCUGCCGACCGAGGAAGAGGCCAUCAUGAUGCUAAACCAGGGCGACGACAGCGCGACCCCAGUGCCGGGCGUCUUUAUCUACACGGCGGCCGAGGUCAUCGUCGACAAGGUGCACCCGGCGCAUCGCAUCUCGGCCGAUAUGGCGAUCCACUCGGCCGCCGGCGGCGAUCAUACUAGGAAGGAGGUCACCCGCAAGGGCCUGCCGUGCGCCGCGGCCUUCGCGUGCACCGAUUAUAAGGUGCAGGGCGGGACGCUCGAGCGUGUCGCGCUCGAGCUGCGAGGGACGAGGACGACAAACGUCGGUGGACACGGCAUCAUGCUCAUAUCGGAGAACCGUCCGGAGGCGCUGCGCUGGCUCGGCGACGACUUCGAAUACGCGUAG